AUGGCGUCCAGCUACAGCUCGCCAUUUGCGGCAUUGCAAAAUAACCCCGUCUUCUCCGGUCUCUCAGAUGUUUACAAUGCUUUCCAAGAGAGGAGAGCAAAGCUCGGCUUGUCAAAUCCCGGAAAGGUAGAAGACAUCUCCAAGGAGGUCAACCGAGAUGUUCUUGCCCAGCAGCACAUGUUCUCCGGCCUUCGCGCCGAGCUCACAAAGCCUUUCAGCCUGAGCCCUCUGUUUCAAGUAUCACAUCAGUUUGCGCUGGGCGAGCGUCUGAACCCCUAUACAUUUGCAGCUCUUUACGGAACCAACCGGUGUUUCGCCCAGGGCAGCAUUGAUGAGACUGGCGCUCUUUCUGGACGAUUCAACUGGAGAUGGGGCCCCGACUCGACACACGUCAGCAAGUCGCAGUUCCAGGUCGGCACCGGACAGGGUGAUUCCAUCCAGCUCGAGCACGAAUACAAUGGUGCCGACUUUGUGGCCUCACUCAAGGCCCUCAACCCCUCCGUCCUCGAGGGCGGUUUGAGCGGUAUCCUUAUCGGUCAUUACAUGCAGUCGCUCACUCCCAAACUUGCCGUCGGCCUCGAAGCUGUUUGGCAACGUCAGUCGAGACUCGAACCUCCGGUAACGGCCGUCAGUUAUGUUGCCCGUUACAAGGCCGAGGACUGGAUCGCCAGCGCUCAGUUGCAGGCCCAGGGUGCUCUGAAUACCUCGUACUGGCGCCGCCUCUCUGACAAGGUUCAGGCUGGUGUCGAUAUGUCGCUUAGUGUUGCUCCUGCUAACCCCAUGUUGGGUGGCGGUCUCCAGAAGGAGGGCGUUACUGCUUUCGGAGCCAAGUACGACUUCAGAAUGUCGACUUUCCGGGCGCAGAUCGACUCGAAGGGCAGACUUGGCUGUGUGCUCGAGAAGCGCGUCAUGGCUCCUCUCAUGAUGACCUUCUCUGCUGACGUUGACCACAUGACGCAACAAGCGAAGGUGGGCGUUGCGAUUGCCAUCGAGGCUGCCCCUGAGAUGGACGAGCAGGAGAUGAUGGCCGCCUCCCAGGCUGCCCCGGUCAACAUCCCCUUCUAA